CAGGAUAUUGACAGAAUCUUAAUUGCUUUACUACUAAAAGAAGUUGACGUUUUACUGACGUCAACUUCUGCUAAAGUAAUUUUCUGGUAAGAUACUCAAGAAUGCCUUAAGACUGCUACGAACCACACACCUGCUCCCACAGUUGGGACGCACUAAGUGCUUUUCACCACUAGGUGGAGUGCUGUCACUUUUUUCCCUCUCAACUCCUACGUAAACAUAAACUUUGCACAAAUAACUACAGUUUCAGGACAAAACCCUGUUGUUUAGUGGGACGUUACUUACAUGUAGUGACUUAGCGUGUCUGAGAACCGUUACUAAAGACAGCAAAAGGCAGGGGGUGUGGGUGUGGGUGUGAGGGUUCAUAUAAAGCGACGCGCCUCCUGUCUGAAACUUGGACCAAACUUUUCCCAUGUGAUUCCCAGUGUUGGAAGUAACUUGAGCUUCAGUGUGACACGCAGCCUCCUCAAUCAUGAUUCCACCUGAUCAACAGGUUUCACACACGUUUAAUUGCUCUGAUAUUUGUGUGCAUCGGAUUACUCUUUGGCUCACAAGUGAAGAAAUGGAAUUAGUGUCUGUCCGGAGUCGCUUCUGGAAGAAAGGCUGAUCAGCUUCACUGAUGAACCAAAGCGGGACGCGGCAGCUGAUUGUGAUGGGUGAAACAUCCCCUACAGCGAGGAAUACAAAUAACUGGAAGGCUCUUUAAGAAGGCGACUGGAGACUUGGGAGAUUGGCAGAACCUAUUAAGAAGAAGUCUGUAAGAGCAUAUCCAGACACAGCUACUUCCAAGAAUGAGGAUCAAAUACACAAUAUCCAUUGUCUUUUUUGUGGCACUUGUUAUCAUUGAGAAGGAAAACAACAUUAUCUCAAGGGUGUCAGAUAAGAUGACCUUAAAGGAGACACCUCAGACUCUACUACAGCAAAAUGGCUUCUCCCGCAUAGUGCUAAAGGACAAUGUUUCAUUUUCUUCACUCAGCAAGAUGGACUCAGCCCUGACGAUGCGGCGUCUGGAGAACUACAGCAAGCACCAAGAAGUAAUACCAAGAGGCAAGAAACACAUCCUCUUGUUAGCCGCCACAAGGACAGGUUCUUCGUUUGUGGGAGAGUUUUUCAACCAGCAGGGCGACAACAUGUUUUUCUUGUUUGAGCCACUGUGGCACGUGGAAAAGAUGCUCACACUGGACACUGGAGGUACUAACGCCACAGCGUCAGCCAAGGCGUUCCGGGAUGUGCUCCAUCAGCUCUUACUGUGCGACUUCUCCUUCCUGGAGAGUUUCAUCCAACCCCUCCCUGUGGACCAUAUUACCACCACCCUCUUCCGCAGGGAGUCCAGCAGCUCUUUGUGUGACGAGGCGGUCUGCAGCCCCUUCAUCAAAGGGGUUUUUGAGCGCUAUCACUGCAGAACCAGAAGGUGUGGGCCACUUAACCUCACCAUGGCGUCUCAGUCCUGCCUCAAGAAAGAACACAUAGCCAUCAAGUCAGUGAGGGUGCGCCAGCUUGAUACCCUUCGACCUCUUACUGAGGACCCGCGUCUUGAUGUGAGGUUCAUUCAAUUGGUUCGGGAUCCUCGGGCUGUACUGGCCUCGCGCAUGGUGGCCUUUGCUGACAUGUACAAGAACUGGAAGCAGUGGGCCACAGAUGGGGAUGAAACCAUUGAUGAGGAUAAGGUGAGGAAGCUGAAAGGGAACUGUGACAACAUCAGGAUGUCUGCAGAGGUUGGCCUAAGUCAGCCACCGUGGCUGCGUCAACGCUACAUGCUAGUGCGGUACGAGGACAUAGCUCGGUUUCCCAUGAGGAAGGCAUCAGAGAUGUUUGGGUUCACUGGAAUCCCGUUCACCCGAAAAGUGAGACACUGGAUCUUAAGGAACACUCAGGCGUCCAAAGAGGCAGGAGGCAUUUACUCCACACAGAAAAAGUCUUCAGAACAAGUAGAGAAAUGGAGGUUUAGUUUACCUUUCAAAAUAGCCCAGGUCGUACAGGAUGCUUGUGGACCAACACUGAAACUUUUUGGUUACAAAUUUGUGAACAGUGAAGAAAUGCUGACAAAUAAGUCUAUUAGUUUGAUUGAGGACAAAGUGUUCAACUUUUCAUAGACUAUGGAACAUGAACUCCUGAUGCAGGAAAACCAACAGUUCUGAAAACCCUUGAAUUACUGAUAUUUAUUAGGAUCUUUUAACCUGAUACAAAGAGCUCCGUUUUCCUACUUUGCUCCAAAAUAGAGCUCUAUUUUCACACUUUGUCAGUGUGUUAUUUAAAGUGAUUUCUCACUGGUUUAAAUAGUAAUGGCAAAGACAAUGUUUGUUUGAACUAUUAAAGCAAGAAUGUUAAAUGUUGACAUGGGUAUGAUGAAAACAGAGAGCCAGAGUAUCUAUCUGUUCUUUGCACUCUGAAUGACUUUCUCUGUCUAAUACAGUGUCGUUGGCUUGGGCUAAAUUUAUUCCUUAGGUAGUAAUGCAAACUGUUUAUACACCAAAAAAAACUUGAAAUGACUUGGAAUGCAUUGCAAUAAAGAAAGAAAUGAAUGAACGCAGAUAAGCAAACAAAAAAGCUUUGUAAUACAAGGGCUAUUUCAACACAGAGACAAUGUUCCAUGCUAAGCAUAUUUAGUUUUAUCUUGCCAAGAAGUCAUAAAGACUCUAAAUCUGAAUGUUCUCCACAGGUUUUUUUUUUCCUCCUCUGCAGAUUUACUUUUCUUACGCUGUACAUGCAAGUAUUUGACUGACCAAAAAUUGUUUGAAUUUGUCCUCUGGAUUGUGAGGGCCCUUUCUGUAAAACAGAUGUUUACACUGCUACUGUAUGCAUGCAUUCCAUCUGCAGCUGGUUUGCAGGAUUGUGUGAGGUUUGUCAGCAGGUUUCGGUCUGUUGACACAAGUCUCUUGGCUGGUGAUAAAAAGGGGCCCCCGAUAUUCUGGCUUGCCAGUCUAUUUGAUGAUCUUCCGGUCUGUCAAUGAUGCAUUUUCUUUUGUCACACACUUUUUUCACUAACUUAAAGGUACUUUAUGUAAGAAAUGUAUUAUAUUAAGUCAUAAAAUGACCAUGCUAUGUCGAUAAGGUUAAGAAAACUGGCUUCACUCAAAACAAUGGUGCAGGUAGUAUAUUCACAAAAUAAAUGUUUUAUUUGUGGGCCACAAACUUUGCUUUUGCUUUGGUUGGGUCAUUUUGGUCUGUUGCACCAACUGCUGCCACCCUGCCCAAUAAUGCAGCUCAGAGCACUUCAACACCGGGGAUGCCAGCAGAGUGAGCAGAGAGCAGCUAUAUGUUAAGCAUCAGAAACGAUCAACGAUCAAUUGAACCUAUUAACCAAAUAGGUUGAAUACUCACAGAAAUGAAACAGAUGGUAGGACAGCUUGUGCACGUGCAAGGGAUCACCAAGGUUAGAAAGGCCACUCUGGAUAUCUGCAACACAUUUUUGACAAAAUAUUUUUACUCAUAAACAAAAAUGUCACCUCAUGGAAGUGCAGGUGGUAACAAAGUCAAUAGGAUUCAUGAGCUAGAGACCACAUACACACACACAGACAAAAUGUUGUGAUACAAAUAUACUGGAGCCUCAAUGACCUCCUGUUUGUUUGCUGCUCAGUACCGGUUUCCAUUUGAAUUGCAUAUAAGAGAAUGUUGACCUUCUUUGUGUGCUUUGUGCUGAAGGGUAUCUAUAAAAGACGUGCACAGAUCAUUUCAUAUAGCUGCAGUUGUCAAACAACCACACUGAUUUCCAAGCAUCUUCAGUGCACCUCUUGCUUUUCUGGUCCUAUCUUAACCAAAUGUUUAGGGUUUGUACACACUGGCUGGUUUGUCUCUGAGGUGGUGAGAAGGAAGGAUACUGUGGAGGCAGCAGCCUUGACAUCCAGUGUAUUUACCACUGUGGGCCUGGCUAUUUAAGUCUCUAAACCUAGUAAUUACCCCAGUUUUACAUAUAAUGUGGUCCAAGUCAUUUUGGUCCACCUGACCCCACCCACUUACAGAAAUACAGUUUGUACAAUCUCUUUCUUCUCCGUCUCUCUCUCUGUUCCCUUUUUACAAUAACUUUUUUGGCCCAGACUUCCCUUUCACACACUGCUCAGGUAACAUGCAUGAGCGCACUUGAAUCAACAGAUCACGAUAUGAUCAGUUUGAGCAGGUUGUUUUACUUUUUGGCAAAAGUGUUGCCAGGUCUGCCGCAUCCCAGCGCAAAACUAAUGAGGAGAGGUUCAGCGUUCAUAAAUGGCUUUAUGUGGGACGUGCGGAGGGUGGAGUCACUGUAUGGUUAAGCAAAAUAUAGAAUAACCACUUUCCACUGAAUUAAAGCCUGCUCAACCCCCUCCAACCACCCCCACUCAGCGGUGGAAUGAGGGCAUUUAGGUAACCCCACCCUCCUGCUCUGUUAUAUGGUACCCAGCCACAUCAACCAAACGGGGUUUGAAUUAGGUUAAACAGCCUGAAUCUAAGACCUGAAUGAUGCCAUGCUGUAAGAGCUCUGACAAACAGGCAUCAUCGUUGAUGUGGUUCAGACUCAUUGCCUGGCUGCACAUAAAACUGUGCUGUUGUAGACAGUAAUGAUGGUUCGGGAGAAGACAUAAAUCUAAAUUCACACUAAAUUAUCUCACACAGAGGAAUCCAAUAAAAUCAGGUUGUUGCAUGUGAUAAUGACUGAGGGAGUAUGGAGUGGGGAAAAGACUUUCAUUGCGCAGCACUAACAUACUAGCGUACAACUGAUGACUGACGAGCAGACGGAUGAGGCACUUUUUGUCUGUUAUGUAAAGUCAUAUACUUUCUCAUCUUUGAACCAUUUCCCAACUGUGCAUACAAUCUAUACAGGCGGCUCUUCAAAUUCAUCAGCAGAAGCUGCUCGGUUGAAAACGUUGCAUAAGAAGCACUUCUUGGCCAAUAUCGCGCCGUUUCAAAUAAAAGACGGGGGGAUUCGUCAGCAUUUAUUGACACAAGAUCAAGUGUCAAAUUCUCGCCGUUGUUAAAGCCAGACAUUUGUUAGAUUUAGUGCUUAACCAGAAAAGGGGUAACCUGGAGAUUUAUGACUGCUGUUAAUUUCGUUUUUUUAGUUUGUUUGAACCACAUGCAACCACAGACAGACAUCAAACAUCUAAUGCGGUUUGGCUUCACUGCCAUGGCAAGUUUCUCAAAGCAGUAAAGAAACGCCAGUGUGUCUUCAACACAAACGAACAUAACAGCCCAAACUUAUCUACUGUAUGUACUGUACAUCACGUAACCUCCUUUAAUCCUCCACUGAGCAGAAAUUCAAUAACUGAAGGCUCUAAAAGUCAUUGUUGGGCAAUUUUGUAAUAAAGACAUUAAUUUGCACAACUUAUUGAAAUACUGAGCAUACAUUUUCUUUGUGACGUGACAUCUGACACUCUUUUUUUUUGGAGCUCUCUGGAUGGAGGUUCAGUGUGGUUGACCAACCCAUAAAAGCUUUUGACAGAGCGGAAACGGAUGCCUAUUUUCUCUGGAUUUAGAUUCAGCUUAACACAUGAAAAGUGACGGCAAGAUGUGGAUGGAGGUUUAAGCUGUCUGACCACUGCAGCCACUGAAAUGUAUUAAGAAAGAUAAUAAGUUUUGUCGUGAGUGUGACAAAUCGAGAGCCAGAUUUUGAUCCAAAAUGUUUUCAGAGGUGUUCAGAAAAUCAUACUAUUAAAAAUAAUACUACUUGAAUACGACCAAAACUUUUUGGAUACAAAUUUGGAAGCAGUGAAGAAAAGUUGGGUGUUUUAUCCUGAUACAGAGAUCCCUAUUCUUCUGUCAGUGUGUUUUUUUAAAGUUAUUUUUAACUGAUUUAAAUAGUUUGGCAAAUAUUGACAAAAUAUAUGACGAAAACAGAGAGCCAGAGUAUCUAUAUCUGUUCUCUGCAGUCCAGAUUAAAUUCUCUGUCUAAUACAAACACUGGCAUUGGCUUAAGCAAAUCUCAUUCCUUGUAGUGUCUGUGUUCUUGUGUGUAGUACAGUAUAUGAGCUGUUUUUCAAACAUUCCGGUUCCUCCUUUCGUUAAAGUUUGCUCUACAACUCCAUAGCUAGUAAUGCAAGCUGUUUAUAAAUAUAUAAAUUAAACGGCCCUUUGUUUCCAAAUAAAGUAAACGUCCUCUCCCACUUGGUUUUCUCCUGAUUUGCCUUUGUUUUCACUGGAACACACGUUAUCAUUUUCAUUAUGAACUCAGUGUUUAUACAGAGCAUACUGCCAAGCCCUCCACCCAGUCCACCUAGAAAACCUAAAGUGCUACUUCCACCCUUAAACCCUAAGAAUAACUUAAACAUUUCAUGGGUUUAUAGCACUGAGCCCCCUGCAAGAAAAACAAUAGCUUUGUGGGUUAAGGAAGAGUUUAAGUAAAUAGCAGAGGUCAGGUCAGCAGGUGGUGUAAAGUAAACUAGAUGACAAAGUUCUACUCUGAUUCUCAGUGAAUAGGUGUCAUUCACAUAUUUACUCACUGUCUCUGGCCUUUGUUCUAUAGGUGGAAAUAUACUUAUCAUGCAUGUUUGAAUGUAGAGUCACUGAGUCACUGUUUCUGUAAAGCCAGAAAAGCCAAAUACAUUUUUGUGAUUUAUGUAUUUUUUUUCAAGUAUGCAAGUAUGAAAAUUAAAUGCUGGUGAGACAAAAGUUGGUUGUAAGGGCACUGACGUUAACAUUGUGCAUUUUCGUCAUUCAGACUUAUCUCAAUUUUCCGUAUUACAGAAAACGAUCAUGUCUUUCAUUUCCUGUCUGGCGUGUAACUAAAGUGCACAGCUCAAAUAAAAAAAAGGACCUAAUGUAGGUCUCCAAUACAAGAUAUGCCACCAUUUGCAUGUUGAAUGAAAGGUUUGUGAAGGAACUGUUUCCUCAGCUAGAUCUGGUGAGCAUACUAAUACAAAGCCUCAGUCUUUCCUUACAUCAAUACCUCCUUUUGUGUCGAGCACCAAGCUAGAGCAGAGAGGUCCUUAAAAAAAUUUAGAGCUACUGAAUGGGUCGCUCCAUUUGUCCCACUCUGAUGGCUUUGCUCCAAACUCCAAGUAAGUGGCCUUCUACUGCCACUACAAGGCACAAUAAAACAGACAUUACAGUUUAGGGCUAACAGGAGCAGAUGGAGUGGGGUGACUAAUGAGGAACAUCAAGCAUUGGAAGAGAAUCUCCUCAUUUGCCAUAAGAUGUGGCAAAUGUGGCACUUAUGCAUUUACCCAUUAUAGAUUAAUCUCCUGCUUCUACAGUGCAAUGACAGGCCUUUUCUUGUUUGAUAUAAAAGACGCCAUGUGAGCACCACCCAUCUGAUGCUGUUGCGUGGCUGCCGUUGAUAGAAAGAUCCAAAAAAGUGUACAGAGAAAGACCAGAAUGACCACUGGAAGCCUCUUUGUUUUUUUUGUUUUUUACAAAAGCAGGAAACAGAACUGCAACCAUCCAAAGAGUCAAAAUUGUCGGCUUUCAUUCCCACCUUUCCGCUCACUUAGACGUUCGUUUCUUCUUAAAGCUACAGAAACAAAGACUCAUUUGUGUUCCUCAAGGCACAACAUGCACCACUGACUGAGGAAUGGAGACGGUUUAUUUUGAGUUCAAGUUGAACAGUAAUUAUAGACUGUGGCAUCCUGUUGUUGGACUCUGAAUUUAGAGUUGCCAUAGGAAACGUGGAGAAUUUUCUUUUUAAUAUAUUUAUUAUGCGGAGAUAAUUUUAAUAUCGGUCAGUGACAAGAAUAGAGCUGUAUGAAAGUUAUGCCUAUGUACACAUCUGACCAAUGACCACUGUGCCAAAAAACUGAACUCACCCCCGUCAUGUGUGCCACACCACAGGAGGCUAGCAAAAAAACCCCAGAAAAGUCAGCUUUAAUGUUGCCAACCUCCACUUGUAUACAGUUGUAAGUUUUGAUGGAAAUAAAUAAACCACCUACUACAGUGUGAACUAAGUCUGUGCUAACAAUAAAUCUGUCAGAGCAUGAAAUCCCUAAA